AUGGUCGCCGAACUACACCAACCACCUUACCCUCUUCAUCCCAGCGUCAAGGACAGACUGCACCCCGAAUACGUCGCCUUCUACAACAAAUACAUCCUAAAUGCACAACAGGUCCACCACCUCCCCAUCUCGGUGGCUCGAGGAUCUCGGACCGUACCUCCCAGCCACAGCAAGCCCCUCCCCGUGGGCAGAGUGCAGGACGUUUCCAUAUCGCGACAGGAGACCCCUGGGCCCGACGUCCUCAUCAGGUGCUUCACCCCACCAGGGAAAGCCCCUCGAUCGGGCUGGCCACUGGUGCUAUAUUACCAUGGCGGAGGGUGGGUAUUCGGGGAUAUCGACACCGAAAACACCGUGUGCACCAACAUUUGUGUCCGAGCUCGGGCGGUGGUCAUCACCACUGACUAUAGGCUCGCCCCCGAGGAACCCUGGCCGGCAGCUAUUCAUGACUCAUGGGAGGUCUUUCUUUGGUCGACAUCGCAAGGUGAGAGUCGGCUCGACUUGGACCUGAACAAGGUCGCCAUCACGGGCGCGUCGGCUGGCGCCAACAUUGCGGCCGUCAUUGCCCAGAAGGCUGCGCUGCGGGCACCACCGGGAGUCUCGAUCCGGUCGCAGGUGCUGGUGGUGCCUGUGACGGACAACACGGCGACGCCUUACUCAAGCCCGAGCUGGAAGGAGUAUGAGUUCACGGCGCAUCUCCCCGCCAAGAAGAUGCUCUGGUACCGACACCACUACCUCCCCAACCAGGCUGACUGGUCGCACCUCGAGGCCUCACCGCUGCUAGCCCCGGACGACGUCUUUGCGCUCCUGCCCCGCUCAUACAUUAUCGUCGGGGAACUCGACGUGCUCAGGCACGACGGGGAGGAGUACGCCCGACGACUCCGCGCCAACGGCGUCGACGCCCAAGUCACUGUGAUGGAGGGCAUGCCGCACCCCUUCUUGGCCAUGGAUGCCGUUCUGGAGGCCGGCAGAACGGCCAUCACGAAUAUAUGCGAGGAGCUGCGAAAGGUAUUUGCUUGA